AUGAGACGCUAUAAUGAACGUUUAAUAACAGUUGCGACAAACCAAUUAACGCUUGCCACGUGUGUUUGUGCCUUUUAUCAUAUCUAUCUAUCUAUCUAUCUAUCUAUCUAUCUAUCUAUCAAUCUAUCUAUCUAUCUAUCUAGCCAUCAAGUCUUUAUCCAUUUUUUCUUUCCUUCUGUUACCGUAAAGGAAAUCGUUUCUAUCGUUUCUCUCUGCGCUUCAAUCUAUCUCAAUUUACCUUUUAUACUCUUAUAUGCUUUUUUUUCUUUUAUCCAUUUUUCUGUCUCUGUUUUUGUAUACUCUAAAAUAGUUUCCUUCUUUCUGUUUAUACGUGGCUACUCGUGUCUUUCUUUUCUUCCCUAUUUUACUUCAGUAUUUUUCUGUCUUUAUCUAUUUUUUAACUUUGUUCUCAUUCUUUUUUCCUUUUUUCUUUUAACAUUUCAGUCGAGUUUUUCUCAUUUUCUCUUUCAUUUUUUGCUGUCUUUGAAAUCGUUUUAUUUUUGCAAUCAUUUCUCUCUUCUUUUUAAUCUUUCUUUUUCUACUUGUCCACCCUUUCCUUCUCUUUUUUUCGCUUUUUUUCUUUCACUAUCUGUUUCUCUGUUUUGUCUACGACAGUUUCUUUUGUUUUUCUUUCUCUCUGUUCACAACGAAACUAAGAAUUAUUUAAAUAAUGUUCGAGAAAUAAUCUAUCUAUCUAUCUAUCUAUCUAUCUAUCUUCCUUAUCUGUUCAUAUCUAUCUAUCUAUCUAUCUAUCAUUCUAUCUAUCUGCUGUAG